GCAGUCCAAGGGACUCUCAAGAGUCUUCUUCAACACCACAGUUCAAAAACAACCUACUACAGAUUUGUUGGAAGUUUGAUAUAGUUAAAAUUGUCCAUCCUCCUUUGAGUUUCUGUUUUCUAAAAGAAAGGUUUCCCCAUGCUGUGGCCAUUAAUAUACUUCAAAAGUUUUAAAGUUUUGCUUUUUUUUUUGCAAUUAGUGCUUAAUACAUCUAGGACUUCACUGUCUAAAAAGUAGCCACUGUCCACAUGUGAGUAUGUAAAUUAGAAUUAUUAAAAAUUCAGUGUCUCAGUCACACUAGCCAUAUAUAUCCAGUGCUUAAUCUUCAUAUGUGUCUCAUGCCUACCGUAUUGGAUAGCAAUGAUACAAAAUAUUUCUAUCAUUGUGGCAAAUUCUAUUGGCAGCACUGAUGUAGGACAGUAGUUUUCAACCAAGGGAGAUUUUACAUCCUGUCCUUCCCACCAGGGAACACUUGGUGAUGUCUAGAAACCCUUUUGUUUUUCAUGACCAGUGGGACAGUUCUACUGGUAUGUAGUAAAUGGAGGCCUGGAAUGCUGUUAAACAUCACACAAUACAUAGGAGAGCCCCCUAUAACAAACACCAUGCCAAUAGUUCUAACUAUGGGAAACACCAUCCCAGAAUGUAUUUUGUCGUGAGGUGUGAGAUGAAGGAGCUUCUUUUCUCCUCUGACUAGCCAGUCAACUACACAUCAUUUUCUGUGUGUACUUGAUCUAUUUCCCUCUGGUUUGUAGUGAAUCUAGAGAUUUUUUUUCCCUCAAAUGACACAGAAGGUCCUAUUGUCUUGCAUAUGAUUUCUUAAAACUGACUUCCAUUUUCUUACAGAUUCUUAGACUCUGCAAGUAAAGAUAACCUGGUGUUCCCAGUAUAUCAUGGCUUCAUCUUCAAGCGGCCUCUCUACUGGGAGUACCAGCUCAAAGCUGAAGUCUGUGAAGUUACUUGAGGUUCUGAAUGCUCUGGAAGAGGAGGAAUCUCACACUAGGGAAGAGAUCUUCAUUGCACCACCCAAAAAUGCUGCAGGGGACUUCACUGAUGAAGACUCAGGUGAUGAAGAUGGCCAGCGAGGAACCCACGUGCCCGGUAAUGUGUUGCAUGCUUUUGUGGUCCCUGAGGACUCUGGCACCGCAGAGGAGGAGGAGGAUGACCUGCAGCUGCAGCCAGCCACGAAGAAACGGAAGGCAGUAGUGGAACCUCAACGUGUUUGGACCAAAAGAGAUAUCCACCCGGACUUCAGCAGUUGGACAGCAACAGAUCCUCAUAUGGAAGAUCUCAAAAGCCAGGAACUGAGUCCUGUAGGUCUCUUUGAACUGUUUUUUGAUGAAGGAACAAUUAAUUUUAUUGUUAAUGAAACCAAUCGUUAUGCUAGGCAGAAAAAUGUCAACCUGGGUCUGACAGCCCAGGAAUUGAAGUGUGUCUUAGGCAUUUUGAUUUUAAGUGGGUAUAUCUCUUAUCCAAGGAGAAGGAUGUUUUGGGAAACAUCUCCUGACUCACAUCAUCAUCUUGUGGCUGAUGCAAUUCGAAGGGACAGAUUUGAACUGAUCUUCUCAUACCUGCAUUUUGCAGAUAACAAUGAGCUUGAUGAAAGUGAUAGGUUUGCCAAGGUCAGGCCUCUUAUCGUACGCAUGAACUGCAAUUUCCGGAAGCAUGCACCCUUGGAAGAGUUCUAUAGCUUUGGUGAAUCCAUGUGUGAAUACUUUGGACACCGGGGGUCUAAGCAGCUGCCUUCGGGGAAGCCUGUGCGGCUGGGCUACAAGAUCUGGUGUGGGACGACCAGCAGGGGCUAUCUGGUGUGGUUUGAGCCCUCCCAGGGCACAGUGUUCACUAAGCCAGACAGGGGCCUGGACCUGGGAGGCAGUAUGGUGGUGAAAUUUGUGGAUGCACUUCAGACACGUGGCUGUCUGCCAUACCACAUAUUUUUUGACAAGGUUUUUACAAGUGUCAAAUUGAUGUCCAUUUUAAGGAAGAAAGGAGUGAAGGCCACAGGAACUGUUCGUGAGUACAGAACUGAGCGUUGUCCCCUUAAAGAUCCCAAAGAACUGAAGAAAAUGAAGAGGGGUUCAUUUGAUUACAAAGUUGAUGAGAGUGAGGAGAUCAUUGUGUGCCGCUGGCACGAUAGCAGUGUGGUCAACAUCUGCUCCAAUGCUGUGGGCAUAGAGCCGGUGGGGCUGACCAGCCAUCACUCGGGAGCAGCCAAGAUGCAGACCCAGGUUCAUCAGCCAUCCCUGCUGAGACUGUACCAGGAGAAGGUGGGGGGUGUUGGCCGUAUGGACCAGAACAUCGCCAAGUACAAGGUGAAGAUCCGGGGUAUGAAGUGGUACUCAAGUUUCAUUGGUUAUGUUAUUGAUGCAGCUCUUAACAAUGCUUGGCAGCUGCAUAGGAUAUGCUGCCAUGAUGCCCAGGUGGACCUCCUGGCCUUCCGAAGAUAUGUGGCCUGUGUGUACUUAGAGAGCAAUGCAGACACGUCAUCCCAAGGGAGGAGAAGCAGGCGGCUGGAAACUGAGAGCCGCUUCGACAUGAUUGGGCACUGGAUCAUCCACCAGGACAAGAGGACCCGCUGCGCCCUGUGCCACUCACAGACCAACACCCGCUGCGAGAAGUGCCAGAAGGGCGUCCACGCCAAGUGCUUCAGGGCAUACCACAUCCGGUAAUGCCUGACGGGCAGAGGGGGCCCUCGGGGUAUUCGGUUUGCAAUGAGAUGUUUACAGCUAGGUACAGAGAGCAUUUGGGGCACUUGUGUGUAGUGUUGACAAAAAGAAACCUGAGUCCUUGAUUUGGUUUUGUAUUUUUCCCCAUUUUCAUUACAGUUACCUUUUAAUUAUCUUCUAUUAUGCCUACAUGUAAUAUACAUUAAUGUUUAUAUUAGUCAUCAUAAAUUUUUGUAAAUAUAUAUUUUAUACAGCUAUUUAUUUCAACUUAUGGGCCCUUUUUAUUCAAAUAAAAUUCUUCCUUUGGGGUAUAGCUGUCUGGUAAGGACAAUUGAAUGUAACCAAAACCUUAGAGAAACUUGUGAACAGUAAAAGGAUUUUAUAGUAUAUGCUAUCAGUUAUACUAAUCUGAUAUAGGCAAUAUUGUAUCAAUAUGAUGAAGGAUAGCUUAAUCAUAUUUAUUUCAUUGUAAUCUAAUGCUAGCAAAUUAUCCAGGGAUAGAUAAUCUGCCAUUAUUUACCCAGCUGACUAGAUUUAUAGAGUUUGUAUUUUCUUGAUAAAAAAUAUUUUCCUAAUACAUGUAUAUUCAUAUGGAAUCCAUUUUUAUAAAUAGUGUGAAGGAGGGAAUUUUUUCACCUAAAUGGAUGGUCAGCAUCAUUUAUUAAAGGUUAAAUAUAUUUCCCCAAGGAUUUAAAUUCUACCUUUAAAAAUUCCUGAACUUUGGGGAAAAGUAUUGAAACAAAGAAAAGAGUUUAUGUUGGAAAGCCUAGUGGAAUGUAAUCCAGAAGAAUAUAAGAAAUACAUAUAAAAAUUUGGAUUUAAUCAAAAACCUAA